GAAAGUAUGUUCCGAAUGACUUUGUCUGUAAACCGAGAGCUUUGGAUCAACUGGAUCGCUGGAAAGCCACUGAAUUCCGUGAAUUUCUGUUGUAUACUGGACUCAUAGUAUUGCGCAAUAUAGUAAGACUUGAUGUAUAUAAUCAUUUAAUAAAAUUGUCGGUGGCUAUACAUCUUCUAGUAAUUCCUGGUAUUGAUGUCGAACAAAAUAGAUAUGCGAAGAGCUUGUUAGAAGAAUAUUUUUGUGAAUUUUUGCAAUUAUACGGAGUGCAUAAUGCAACGUACAAUACGCAUGGAUUAUUACACUUGGCUGAUGAUGCAUUACAGUGGGGAGCACUCGACGAAUUUUCUGCAUUUAUUUUCAAAAAUUAUUUACAGUAUAUAAAAAAAUUGAGCAGAGGUAGUGAUAAACCUCUUGAGCAAUUAAGUAAUCGCAUAAAUGAAAUCAGAAAUAGCUAUUGCAUUGAAUCCGUCAACGAUGUCAUUGAAACAUAUAAACUGGGAAGGGAAUGCUACAAUGGAAGGUUGAUAGAUGGAUGCAUGUCUCCUAAGUUUUGCAUCGUUCAUUUUACUGAAGAGGAUUCUGUGGAGUUUGUUCCUGAUUUCUGGAUAUUUGAAUCGUUAGACAUAAACUAUUGCUCAUGGCCUCUUAAUGCUUUUCCGGCGAAAUGCGUUGCAAAUAGAACGGUGCCAGAUGACAAAUGGCCAUCCUACAAGUGCAGAAUCCUUAAUUCGUUUGGUGACUAUGAAACAGCUCGGCAGCAUUUAGGCCAAGCCGAAAUUACAUCUGAUUUUCCUGUGUCAGAGGUUGUGGGUAAACGAAUACAUAAACCCAAUAAGAAAUUCUUGCAAGAGUCAUCCGAUUCAUCUGAAGACAGCACUCCCAAAAACAAAAAGAAAGACUCUAGAAAUGAAAUACCGCGAUUUACGUCGAAAGAACGUACAUGUUCAGAGAUGGUUUUACCAAAAGCCCUAGAACAGAAAUCAAAACGAAUUCUAGAUGGCAACCAAAAUCUUUCCUCAUCCAGAAGAAAUUGCGCUACACGUUCACGGUCGCCGCUAAAUAAGAUCGACAAGAGACUUGACCAGUUUAAGGAAGAUAUCACUUUACAACAUGGAUGCAGCACGAGUGGAACGGUAGUGCAAGAAAAUCAAAUGGUUAAUUAACUUGCUGGACAAAUUCAGACGCAGUUAACUGGAAAAAAAAAACUGAAAAAUCACUAUAUAAUGGAGAAA